AUGAACACAUCAAUGAGCUCAUCCUUAAAGCUUGAUAAAGAUGAGCAAGGCAUAUCCGUGGACAUCGUGAAAUAUCGAGGUAUGAUCGGAUCUCUUCUUUAUUUAACUGCUAGUAGGCCUGAUAUUAUGUUCAGUGUUUGCUUAUGUGCUCAUUUUCAAUCUAAUCCUAAAAAAUUACACUUAAAGGCCGUAAAAAGAAUUUUUCAUUAUCUAAGUGGAACUAGAACUUUGGCACGUUGGUAUCCAAAAGGCACUCACAUUGACUUAAUUAAUUACUCGGAUGCUGAUUGGGCCGGAUGUAAUGUUGAUCGUAAAAGCAAUAGCGAAAAUUGUCACUUUCUUGGCUUUGCACUCGUGUCUUGGUCUACUCAUGAACGUUUUUCUCAUAUUCUAAGAGGAUUGGGGAUGAUCAAUGAAACUGAGUGGACGGACCUACCAGAUCAUCCAGUAUAUACCGGACACGUCUAUAGAAUGAUUCGGUACCAUGACCUUUCUUACUGCAUAACUCUAUGUCUUAGCGGACGAAUUCGGUACCCAUAG